AGUUUUACGUAUCAAAACAUUUUGCCAAAAUUUUGGAGGAAAUCUGUUUGCAGAGCUGCUGAUCGCUCCCGAUUGCCUAGUUACACAUGAUUAGAAGUUAACUUUAAGUCCUCUUACCUCUCAGGGCCGGUAUAAAGUUAAGCAAACAAGGAAAUAAACGAAGAACAUUAAGCCAAAAUGGCGGCUGCAAAGGCUGCUAGAAGAAAUGCUCUCCUACAUAAUCUACAUAUUCCUAAUGAACCAUUUCAAGAUCCGCUGAUAGGAAGACGAACUGGUGUUCCUCUGAAUAUUAAAGCCAGGAAAGAUUCAUUUGGUUUUGAAAACAUUGAUGACUAUUUUCUAUAUUCAGAUCCAGAAGAAGAAGAAGAAGAAGUCAUUGCUCCAAAUACACAAGGACUGGAUAAAGAUCUUGUGAAGGAAAAUGCCAAUUUGCAUCCAGAGGAGGAUGAAGAUGUGUUUGAGAAAGUUGCAGAUGACCAUCCACUGUCAGGUGAUGAUGCUCAAUUGAAAAAGUCACCUCCAGAAGAGAGGGAUUCAGUGGAUAGACUGAAACAGAAUAUUGGGUCUCCUAAUAACACUGGAACUGCAAUUAAAAACCCGGCCUCCAGAGAACCAACUCCACGGUUAAGAGGACCAAUUAGCAAGAGGUUGUCAUUCAUAACUGGGCAAUCACCAAUUGAAUUAAAAGACGAUCAAGUACAUGCUGGAGAUUCAUUGGAUGACAAAUGUGCAAAGACUAGUGGUGAGGAGGUUGGAGAUAGUGACACUGAAAUUGACGUUGUUAAUGAGGAUCCACAAAUGGUAAUAGAGAAAACUGUCAAUGAAACUUCUUAUAAAAAGAAACCUAAAUCAUUGAAAAAGACCCCUGCAGUAACAAAAAAGCACAGAAUUGAGGCUGAUGAAAGUGAAGAUGAGGACAUCAUUGAUAUAACAGGAACUGAAGAAGAUACUUUUCUAACCAUUGGGAAUAUAUCUCGUGCAGCGAAGACCAGCACAGCUGUUCAUAAAUCGCCGCUGCCUGCCCAGGCUGAUAGUUUUGUCAUGAGUGAGAGUUUUGUGUUGGAAGGAACAAAACACAAGUCUAUGUCUCCAGAGUUUGGUUCUAGUUCAGACUGCCAGGAUGAGCCAGCAACUAAAGGAUAUAAAUCUCGAAUACCUGUGUUAACAAAGGGAUAUCCAGGCAAUAAGGCAACACUAAAAAGGCCAGUCAAAGGAAAAAAGGCAAAUGUGACGAGAGAUCCAGAGAGUGUCAUGGUUUCAGUGGUGGGACAAGGUGAUGACGAGGAGGAAAGAACAGGCUUGACAGUUACUGAGAAAGAACAAGCGGGGCCACUGCAGGGGAAACGUACAAGAGGAGGGAAGACAAAGAAUGUGGAAGAGCCCCAUGAACUAAAGACAAUAAAGGGAAGGGGAAGAAAAAUUGUACCAAAUAUCACGCAUCAGACAAGCAGGGUAACCAGGGGAAGCAAGCAGAAAAAUGAAAAUGGCAACAAAGACGAUGAAGAAGUUGAUAAUCAAAACGAUGAUGGUGGUUUUAAAAAGGCAGCAGUUCGAAAGGGAAAACCAACGAAGGAGAACAAGGGUAAAAAGAAGAAGGAGCAGAUAGAAAGUGUUGGAAAAGGAACCGAGCAACAAGAUGGAGUGGAUACAACACAACUCAGGGGAAGGAAUAUCAGAGGGCAGAGGAAAAGAGGGCAAGAUGACAAAGUUCAUGAACAGAAUGGAAAGGCAGAAGCACUGCAAGUGACAGUUGAUGAUGAGGACGAUGAAAAUUUUGAACGUGGAAACAUGGAUUUAGGGCGAACAGGGUUGGAGACCGAAGGAACUGGAAGAGACGAGGAAUCGUCAGUGGUCCAAAGAAAGGAGAUGACCAGUAGGACUAAGAAAAGUGAUACCAAUCUGACUCAGGGUUUUGGAAAUACUGGAGCAAGGAAGUCCAAAGGUAUUGCUAGAGUUCAGAAACUGGAAGAAAGAGAGGAGGGUGACGAUAUGUCUAAGAAAAAGAGAGGAAAACGAGGAAAAGGAAGAAGAAAAGAUGAAGAAACUACUGCCAAAGAGGACAGUCGAGUCGUUGACAUUGCAGCAGAGUUGGACGAAGCGCAAGACGAUGACUUUGAGGAAAAUACCAAUGAGUUUGAGAAAACAAAUGAUGUUUCCGUGAGGAGGAUGUCCAAUGUGUCCAGUAAUGUUUCUUCAAGCUCCGAGUCUUCAAAGAAGACGAGCAACGGUGUCGCGAGCAAGCGAAGGAAGGUGUCACGGGUACUACCACCAUAUGCAAGGAAACGAAGAGCAGGUAAAGCAAACAACUCGAAAGACUCCUCCAAGACGAGCAGUUACGACUCUACUGAACUAAGCGUGGACGCCAAAAAACGAAGAUUGCAGGACGAAGCGAAUGAAACGAGCACUGCAAAGGAUUCCCCGAGAAAGGACACCAAAACAAAUGCUGGUAAAACUAGUAGAAAUAAACGAGAUACGAGGAAAUCCGGAGCAAAGAAGAACUCUUUAACAACAGACAACUUUAAUGAAAGAGCUGAUGUAAAUGAUUUAUCGCAAGGAGUAGAAGACGACAACGGUUUGUUGGACGCUCCAGCUGAACCGGUAACAGCGUUGAAGUCAAUUCUUAAAUCUGGAGGCAGUGUGCGACGAUCAACUAAAGGUUCCAGGAAGCGUCAGAUGACAAUAGGGAAGUCACACUCGGGCGGUAGUGACGCCGAUGACGAGAGCCUACAACCUGCCAAGCAGCCAAACAGAAAAAGUCUUUCUUCCGUCAGUUUUGCUUCAACCCCAUUCGUUCGUGGAUCACCGUCUGUGCCAGCAAACGUUUCCCCUAUUAGUCUAUCGUUUGCGUCUAAGAACAGCUCUUACAAAUCCGCAGAUGGGACAUUUACCUCCGGAAGUGCUCGAACUGUCAGAUCAUCUGUGGGUUCUGCCAGUGGCUCCAGUGUUGGUGAUAACUCUAAAGUUGAUCCUGAAGAGGAGGUCACCAUCACAAAUGAUACCACGCAACCAGAAGUUUCUCCUAAUGAACAGCAUACUAGGAGAAGCAAACGCACCAUCGUGCCGCCUCUUCAAUACUGGAAAAACGAGCGAAUAGAUUAUGAGCGACGAAAAUCAGGUGGCUGGUGCAUAAAGGGCAUUAUAAAAAAUCCAACUCCAACACCAAAGUACAGGAAGAAGCGGAAACAAACAGUGAAACUUUCUGUUCAAAAACAAACCAACGCAAACUCUCUUGAUUCUUCUGAGGAAGAACCGGAUAAUGAUUUGGAAGGAUUCCAAGAAAUUACAAACCCAAAAGGCACAGUGUUAAACUCAGAUAACCACGAAGAAGUCUCUAUGGACAUUUUCCAUACUCCCGGUAUGUUAAACUUCACGAAUCCCACGGGAAAACCAGCACAGGAGAACGACCCUCUUGUUGUUCACAAAUAUAUCUCACAGCCUCUGUUUGGAGGCGGUCAAGUGAUAUUGAGACCUGGAGCCGAAAAGGGAAAGCAGUUUGUACGACAAGAUACAAUGGUUUUUUACAUUAUCAAGGGAAGAGUCAAAGUCACAGUUCACAAGUCUUCGGCAAUUCUUCACACAGGCUCAACAUUCUUUGUUCCUCAAGGAAAUUCCUACAACAUUGAGAACUUGAAGAAAACAAAUGCUUACUUGCAGUUUGUGCAAGUCAAGGGAUAGUCAAUAUUUACUUCUUGUGGGAGAAGGCAAAGCUGUUAAAAAAACUGUUUUUUUGUUCUUUACCAGGAAUCGUGAAGAUAUCAGAGCCCGAUUGCAAAUUCAGCGUUUAGUACAUCAUUUUGUAGUGAAAUAGAGAAAUGAUUUUGUCUCUAAGAGGUUAUCUAUCUAUUCUUGCAACAUGAAGAGAUUUGACAUUCACCUUGCUGUAGGAAGGUUCCAUUUCUAUGGAAUUUACUAAGCUUUAGCUUUAAGACGGCUUUUUGAGUUUUUAUGGACGUCAGCUUCAUCACGUUCAACAUAAAAACAGAAAAAAAAAGUCUAUUGAGAACUAAACCGCCUUGAAAUCACACUAGGCCAGAUUUUACUGACGUGCAAGAGUGUAUGGCUGUUUAUUGUAGGAGGAAAUUUUAUUCCUUUUUUUUUUUAAUCCUAGUUCAAUCCUGUGAAGUUUUUGAGCGUGAAGGCUGUCAAUUUACCAUUGAUUUCACCGCUUGUCGUAUUUGAUUGGAACGAAUCGGCUGCUUAUCUUUGAAAAAUAGCUCUGUAUAUUUAAUGUCGAUUGUUUAGUCAGAUCAAUGAAAAACUGCAAUUUUACUUUUACGCGCAUUUGACUUUUGGAGAAUGCUGAUGAAGCCCUGAAAGGCAAAAUAAUGUAUCGCGUAUUCACAGACUUAAGGCAAGCAGUGCGUGCAAAACGUAUGAAUUAAACGUUAGGCUUGUCCUU